GGGCGGGGCGGCGGCGCCGCGAUAAAGGGCGGGCGCGGGGGGCGGCGGGGCGCGCGCGUGAGGCUGGCGCGGUCGCUCGGGGCUUGGCAGCGCGGCCGAGUUUCUUUGGAGAAGAAAAACCUCAGGAUGGCAGGCAAAGGAAGUAGCACAGACUGCAUGUCAUGCAGUGUACUGAACUGGGAGCAGGUCAGCCGUCUGCAUGAGGUUCUUACAGAGGUGGUUCCGAUCCAUGGGCGAGGUAACUUCCCGACACUGAAGAUAUCUCUGAAGGACAUUGUUCAGACAGUUCGGAGUAGGCUGAAUGAAGCAGGCAUUGUGGUACAUGAUGUCCGCCUGAAUGGCUCUGCAGCUGGUCAUGUCCUGGUCAAGGAUAAUGGGCUGGGAUGCAAAGACCUCGAUCUCAUUUUUCAAGUUUCUCUUCCAAGUGAGGCAGAGUUUCAGUUAGUUCGAGAUGUGGUCUUGCGGUCCCUCUUGAAUUUCUUGCCAGAAGGGGUAAGCAAGCUAAAAAUCAGUCCAGUAACACUGAAGGAAGCCUACAUCCAGAAGCUAGUCAAAGUGUACACAGAGUCUGACCGUUGGAGCUUGAUAUCACUUUCUAACAAACAUGGGAGAAAUGUGGAGCUGAAGUUUGUAGACUGUAUACGACGGCAGUUUGAGUUCAGUGUGGACUCCUUCCAAAUCAUAUUGGACUCCCUGCUCUUUUACUAUGACUACUCAGAAACUCCCAUGUCAGAGCACUUCCAUCCAACUGUGAUUGGGGAGAGCAUGUAUGGAGAUUUUGAAGCAGCUUUUGAUCACCUCCAGAACAAGCUGAUAGCUACCAAAAAUCCUGAAGAGAUCAGAGGUGGUGGGCUUCUGAAGUAUAGUAACCUCUUAGUACGAGACUUCAGGCCCAUGGAUAAGAAUGAGAUCAAAACACUAGAGCGCUACAUGUGCUCCCGAUUCUUCAUAGACUUCCCAGACAUCCUGGAUCAGCAGCGCAAACUAGAGACCUACCUCCAGAACCACUUCUCCAAAGAAGAGAGGAGCAAAUAUGACUACCUCAUGAUUCUGCGCAGGGUGGUGAAUGAGAGCACAGUCUGUCUCAUGGGACAUGAGCGAAGGCAGACUCUCAACUUGAUUUCUCUGCUAGCACUCAAGGUGCUGGCAGAGCAAAACAUCAUCCCUAAUGCCACUAAUGUUACCUGUUACUACCAGCCGGCACCAUAUGUCAGUGAUGUAAACUUCAGCAACUACUAUCUUGCGAAUGCUCCUGUGUCGUACAGCCAGCCCUACCCCACUUGGUUGCCUUGCAAUUGAUUGCUUCACUUGAGCAUUCUUGAAUGGAUGCUACUGAAGGCCAAGAUGUUGAAUGUAUAGACAAGUAAUAACUGUCAGUUGGAGGCUUUCUAGUGGAAACAUGGCUGCAUCAGACUGUUUCCUGGUGUGCAGUAGGAAUGUGAAACCAGUGACCUUCUAUACCUUUCUAUAUAUAUCUACAAAUGCCAAGAAGCCUUAUUACCUUUUCACUGGGAGAAGAGAACCAGCAGCAAACUGUUAAGAGUAGAGUUUUGUAACUACUAGUUCUGGAAGUGGCUAAUAACAUGUGAUUUAAGUGGAGUAUUCAAUAAACUGCAUUAAUGAAUAGACUGUAAAAUGUCUUGAGCAGGGCAGAAGCUACUCCUGCCAUAGCAGCAAAACUUUCUAUUGCCUAACCUCAUUGCUCUAAACUUCAUUGGUUCAAGUUCUGGCCGACUUUCUAUUGAACUCAUUGUGCAAGAGUAAGCUUGUGUUAUGCUUGUGCUGCUUCUACUUUCCAGCUGUGUGGAACUGGUAACAAUAUGGAUACUGUCUGUCUUGUAGAGGGCCUAAAUGUUGUUUCCUGUAGUGCUUAGGAGUAUAUGGUCCUGCCUCAAGUUCAAGACUAGUUUCUUGGAAGUUGAAGAUGGAUUAGUAAAAGAUGGAUUAGUAAGUAUCUCUAAAGCUUAAACUAGUUAAAUUUUUCUUGAGUGCAAAAAUUUGGAAGGUGGCAUCUCUAAACAUGCACCAAAACACAAUCUAAAAAUUGGUAAUGUGAAAAGUCCUUGAAAUGAGGAAUUGAAGCCUUAAAUAGGAUUGGAACCACAGUUUGAAUAGUUAGGCUGUUGAGUCCAGGAUCAAGAUAAAGCCUUUUGGACUGCAUCUUUCAAAACAGUUUUUGGCACACUUGGAAAGUAUCACAGCUCUUGCACUGAGAUUUGGCACAACUUAAUUCCUUACAGUUUCACAGCAAUAAAAAAAAAACAAACCCAAAAAACCCUCAGCCACCACCCCAAACCACUAUAAGCUGCAGGAUGUUGUGCACUCCUGCCACAGUAUAAAUUCCUGAAGUGCCUCCUAAAAUUGAUUUCUUACUGUACAACUUCAGAUCCUGAAGGUUUGUCUUUCUGUCACGGCUUAAGGGUCAAGCUUACUGAUUUAUCACUAUCACAUGGUCACUGUAUGAGAUGGUAUUUUGAGUGGUUAGAGUAAAAUUCUUCCUCUUGAUUGGUCUUAACCCUCACUUGAAGAGGUAUAUAAACCCUAAGCAGAGCUCUCCACAGAAGCUGUAUGUGUUGAAAGUCUACACCUGCUUUUGGAAUAGCCUCUGGAAGAGUAUGUACUCCUGUGGAGGUGUAGGGGGCUGACCUUCCUAAAGGGUAUGUGCUGUACUUGCUGUGUUGAAACUCCUGUGCUUUAUGUGGAAGGUUAAAAGUUCCCCAGUUAUGUAUAUAGUGGUAUUAAAAGUUGAUUUUCAAUGAAUUGUUUGCUACAUGGAUUCUGCUACUGCAAUCUUGAAUUUCCUUUGCUUAACCAGAGAAUUAGACUAGAAAGGCAAAUCUUAGAGCUAUUUAAUAUGUACUGGUGCAAUGUUCAAGAAUACUUGUUUGCUAAACCUUUUUUUUAUGACUUCUAGCUGUCUCUGCAAGCUUGUGAGACCAAAGUGUCUGAGCAAACAAAUUAUUUAAGCUUAGAAGGUAAAACAAAAAGUGGGUGAAACACCAGUGUAUGGUUGCUGUUCAAGGUGGAAAACAAUAGCACUGCAGCACUUGAAUGAGCAGCAAAAAGCUGCUUAUUCUUCGUAGGACCAAAACUUCCUAGUUACAUUGCAAGUUUGUUGCAUUUUUCAGAGCUACUUUGUAAGGACUGCCUCAAUAGAGCAGCCAGGCUACUCUCUUGUUCAGGCUUCUUCAUUUGGCUUAGGAAGGCAGGGAGGGUUACCAUCUAGAAAUGAGACUGUAGCCAACCAUGCUAAAUUUUUUGAACAGACUUGUAAGUAACUUCAGUAGCAAGCAGACAAUUUGGUGUUCUCAGUUGUGUGUGGGUUUUUUUGUUGUUUUUGUUUGGUUGUUUUUUUAGUAAAGGCUUCCUGAGUAGUCAGCCUAAGUAGCUAAACUUGAAAGUCAGCCCAGCCUUCUUCAUUAACUGUGGCUUGGACUUGGUGUAGCUUACAGGCAAGACAUCUCUCACCCAAGACUUUGACUAUUUAGAAGGCUUUUUAAAAUUAACAUUAUGCAAAUGUUGUCAUGAGUAUUAAACUUAGUGCAUGCUUACUGCUGGAAUGUAAACCUAGGCAUGAAUAACUUCUGCAUGCAAGACAGUAUUUGGCCUAGCAUAGAGUGUCACUAGAAAGAAGGAAGUCUUUUGCUUAGUAAAUGUAAUUGCUGUCAACUCUUAAAUAGAUGUUUUCAAAGCCAGCCUAAGCUAUACCCAUUGCAGAAGUAAACUGUUGCCUAGAGGAACAUGUUUGAUUUGCUUAUCAAACAGCUUACUCGUGCAUCACUCUGAUCUUGGCUGAUCUUUAGAAACUGUUCCUGUGCAUCAGGCCAUGUGGAAGAGGUGGUCAGAUGCUCAGGAGGAAUCCUCACAAACUUGAAACAGACUUGUGUUUUACUAGUCUUUGAAUGCCUUGGCUGUUGAACAUCAGGCCAGGUGUCUAUUGGAAAAGGAACUGCUGGAAAAAAGGCUGUAAUGGAUUCCUACUGAGAUAGAGAUACAGAGAAUUUAAGCUUCCUGCCAUAAAUAUUGUGCUUUUGCUAAUGUAAUUUGUUGCUGAGGCCUGUGAGGAAGCUUUAUGCUGAAUGGCCGCUCUCUGAACAGCGGGCUUCCUGGGUUUAAGCUUUGCAGGACUGUUAUGUUCCUGGUCUGUUUCUUAAGUUGCUCUGGCAUAUUAGAAAUGUCGAUGCUUUGUAGCCUGGCUGCUACAUGUUAAGCUCUUGAACAGUUAAACUGUAUCCUGAAGCUGCAGGCUACCUACUGCAUUUGCCCUACUGUAUAAGGGAUUGCUGGGACACUGUUUGUCUCACUGCCUUCAAAAUAAUCCUGGCUUGGCAGGUAAAGCUGGAAUGCUCAGUAGCUUUUUAUCACUGUUGGCAAGUGGUCUACACCUUUCUGUUUCAAGUUGUCCUAGCAACCUAAUGUUGCAUGUGGCAGUAGCUUCACUUGGUGUGUGCUAGCUGCUUAGAGUUCAGAUUUAUGGUGGCCCCUGUAGCAAGGAGCAACAUGAGAAUGAGCGCUACAUAAAAGUUAAUGAUGACUGUAGGCCAGGUCUAGGCUGCCUGCUUGAGUCUGCCUCCCUUCAAUACUUAAUGAUGCCUCUGCAAACCUGCUCUAUCCUCUUUUGCUUGCUUGUGUGUCAAGUGGAGGUUAGAGGAAGACUACUAUACUUCAUAUUAUUAUCCUAACAUGUUCCCUCUGGGCAGUGAUGUCAAAACAAAGCAGCAGUAGCGCUAGAUGGCAAGUCUUGUGUUGGUGCAUCAUUCCUCAGAACUAGGCUUCUAGUAAACUAGACUGUGUGGUUUAAAAUAGCUGUUUUCUUCCUGUAGUUUAUUAGCCCAGCAGAGCUUAGCCAGUUUGAGGUUAAGCAUCUGUUGUCAAUAUUUAUUGCCAAGUCCCCCUUGACUAACAGUUCAUUGGUGUGACUUCCUCAUUGUAAGAUAGUUGGGUUUUUUUAUUUGAUAAAAUUGGUACCAAGGAGACCUAGUGUUAGACUGGGUUUUAGUCACUUUGGUAAAAUCCCUGUGCUGAUCCAUGGUCACUCUGAAAAGCUGUCCAGUAAAGCAUACCUCAUGCUCCCUCAGCUCAAGAUUUAACUGUUGCUGUGUUUAUCCUCAGCUAGUUCAGUCAGUCACUAAGCUGGAGGCUGAAGACUACUGCUUGCUUUUAAAUAACCAUUUUUCAAAAGAUCCUCACACUUUAAUAUAAAUAAUCUUGUUUACAAAACUGUAGGUAGUAUGUAAAUCUAGUCCAAAUACCUAAAGCUUUUUAAUGAAACUUAAAGACCCAUAUUUUGAGAUUGAGUGCUGGGGUUAAGGGUUUGGUAUGCUUGGUGCCUAGGCUUUGUGGAUUUCUGAUCACUAGAAUAGCUACUAAUGCUGGCAGUGAUCUCUGCUUAUCACUAUAGGAUUGCUUGGGAAAAGGCCUCUUGGAAGUGAACUUGGAUAAAUUGCUUCAGUGCUAAGCUGUCAGUGUACUGAUGGUACUUGUUUACUGUCCCUCUCGCUCAACUCAUUCGGUCAGGGUGCCAUAAUUGUUAGGCACAGGAAUAAGCAAUAAGUUGACCAUAGUCACUAAAUUUGGGUGUUGGGAGAGGCAAAUGGAUAGUAAUACUUCUAGCCUUUGCAUCCAAGUCUUACUUGACCAUUUGUUAAAUAUGGUAAAGUGUAUUUCAUAUAUAUUCUUUCAUUUCAGUGAAACUACUUAUAAGAUGGGAUGCUGGGCUAUAGUUGUAGAAGCUCUGGGGGGAAUGGUUGGAGCACUCUGGUUUUUCUCACUUCUAUUGGAAGAGAAGGCCACUCACUGAAGUGUCUGGAUUGGGCUUGUCUCUUUCUGAUUAAAAUUGCACUUUCUGUUGAAAUUUAGAAGGCCUUUUUUUUUUCUAUGUUUCUCUUGUAUUAUUUUUACUAUUUAAAGAAGUCAGCUCUUGGAAAAUCUGUCUCAUACCUCUUUGGAAGAAGUUAGUCUUUUUUUCUUUUAAGCUGGCAAAACAAGGUAGUAGAAAUGUUUGGAUUUGUGAUGAGCCCAAAUGUGAGAUUGGUCACAUAACUUUGUCUACUGUUCUGCACUGUGGUGGUCACUUGUCAUUCUUGGAAACUGGUUUUGGACCUUAAUGAUUCUGAAAUUCUUGUGCAAAUAAACUUAUGCUAAACAUG